GCUGAUGGAGUCAGUGGUAUCGUGAUGCGAGACUAAAUUAAUUCUUAAAAACAUUUGCAUAUAGCAGAAAGUCGAGGAGAAGCAGCCAAUACCCUCAGUGCAAUUCGCGAAGGCGGUAAUGCAACAUCUCCCCAGAGCAACUCUUAUUAAAGAUAACUGAAGUGCCCAAAGUGUGUUUCACAAACAUAACAAUGGAAAUAUUUUUCUCAAUGCUCGCGGCAAUUUGCUUAAUUUUGUUUUCCUUUUUGUUUUGGAAAUGUUUGUACUGGCAGCGCCAGGGCAUUCGUGGUCCUCGCGGUUGGCCCCUAGUGGGCAGUAUGUGGCGUUUUGUUACAGGCCGCCAGCACUAUGGUGAUGUCUAUGAGAGAAUUUACAAUGAUAAUCCUGAUUUGUCAUAUGUGGGUUUUUAUCGUCUUUUGGGUGAGCCCGUGGUGUUGUUGCGCAGCCUUGAUAUGAUCAAGGAGGUGUUGAUACGCAACUUUAACAAUUGCCAGGACAAUGUGGUGUGGGUGAAUCCACAGCGCGAUCCUGAAGGAUUCUGUAAUCCUUUCAUAGCCAAAGGGCCAAAAUGGCGUACAAUGCGCAAUGAAGUCAUGCCCAUAUUUACGCCCAAUAAAGUGAAAGGCUCAUUUGCCCACAUUGAAACGGUGUGCAAGAAAAUGGUGAAAUAUGUCGAUGAUAAAAUGAAAACGAAUUGUUUCGAAGGCAAAGAACUGUUCUCCAAAUUUACACUGGGUGUAAUUGCAUCUGCAGCAUUUGGAUUGGAUGGUCAAACAUUUGAAAAAAGCGAUUCGGAUUUUACUCAACUAGCCGAGGAUAUUUUUAAGCCCAAUCCAUAUAGUCUAUUGGACACAAUAGCCCUAUUGUUUUCACCAAAACUGGGAGACCUUAUCAAAUACCGUUAUGUUCCUGCCAAUGUUGCGACAUGGCUUCGCCACAUCGUUAUGAAUAUUUUAAGUUUACGCCUCGACGAAGUGCCUUUGCUGGACAAAUCAUCCAACUCCCAACGAGCAGAACAAAGCGAUUUCAUUCAAUGGCUGAUUGAAAACAAACAAAAACAGAAUGAACCAGUCGAUAGGGCCACCAUUGUUGGCCACUGCAGUACAUUUUUACUCGAAGGCUUUGAGACUUCAUCGUCCCUAAUGGCCUUUGCUCUGUAUGAGUACGCCAUAAAUCCUUUGGAACAGCAAAAAGUUUUCAACGAGCUUGAUGAAGUUUUAAAACGCCACAAUGGCCAACUGUGUUACGAGGCCUUGCAGGAACUGUGCUACUUGGAAGCUUCCCUCUAUGAAACUCUUCGCCUGCAUCCUCCUAUGAUGGCUCUGCUCAAGCAAUGUACAAAAUCCUUUGAAAUGCCACCACAAUCAGGAGAUGGCGAAUCAUUUCUAGUGCCAGAGGGUAUGAUAUUUGUAGUGCCUGUAAAAGCUGUCCACUACGAUAACGAUAUCUAUCCCGAUCCUUUGGUAUUUAAGCCUCAGCGCUUUAUGCAAGACAAAGACAAACUCCCCAGCUGCUCAUUUUUAGGUUUCGGUGAAGGACCUCGCAAGUGUCCUGGUGGUCGUUUUGGUUUGGCCCAAGGCAAAGCUGGCAUUGCUUCCCUAUUAUCCAAGUACUCGGUACAUUUGGCUGACAUUGUUUCGGAAAGGCCAUUUGAAAUUUCACCAACAACUUUCUUAACGGCAGCCCAAAAUGGUAUUUGGAUAAAAUUUAAAGAGCGUUCAUAAAAGUUAAGAACCUGAGGCUGUGGCAAACCUUAUACGUUUGCUAUUAGAAAUCUAGCCAGACCUGUGGGUGACACUUUAAAUUAAGUUAUGAAAAUAAACUGUUUGGGAAUUUAGUUGUUUGAA